GCCGGAAUCUUUCGUACCACAGAGGACGGUGAAGGGGAAGUCCACGCCCUUCUCCUCACUGCAGGGUCCAAGGGAUGCAAAUAGCUCCAUGAAUAAACCGAUUGGAAUUCAUUAUGAGACGGAUUCCCAGACAGAAUCAGCUAUUUCAAAGGUGCUUUUUGAAGAGUUCAAGCGUUCUGAACCAAACCAAAGUGAAAGCUCAGUUUUAAGCGGUGCUAGUGAAGCAGAUAUCUUCAGUACAGAUGAUAUGCUAGAAUCGAGGAAAAGAAAGAUGUUAAGUGAAGGCUUUGCUUCCACUACCCCAUGUGAGAGCCAAGCGAGGAAGAAGAAUGUGGUAGUUCUUGGAGGCGACCCAAAACCCGAGAAAAAGAGAAGGGAGGCGGUUCAUGAUAUCAGAAACAAAAAACCAAAACCUCUCUACAAUCACUACGCAAGUGGCGGUGGGUGGUGGGACUGCGACAUGGAAGGUGUUGAUAGCGAAGAGGUUGGGCUUGGUGAAGUAUGGGAAGGAGUUGGGUCUACUACGCUUGGAGGAAUAGAAUGGCAUUGAGUUUCUUGGCGCUUCAUCCUCUUCACACUGUAAAUAUUCUCUUUUCUCUAGACUUUUUUUUGUCAUUUUGCUUCUAAUCAUUGUCUUAGAUUGUUUGACAAUUGAGUUCUCUAUAAAAUU